ACCCCUUUCUCUGCAGCCUCCCUACCUCACAAACACACACACACACACACUUUCACACAAACACACACAAGGCCGGAAAAAUGGUGCAGCGACUUACAUACCGGAAAAGGCACAGCUAUGCCACCAAAUCCAACCAACACAGGGUUGUUAAAACCCCUGGUGGUAAGCUAGUGUUUCAGACAACCAAAAAGAGGGCAAGUGGACCUAAAUGCCCUGUUACUGGCAAGAGAAUCCAAGGGAUUCCUCAUUUGAGACCUACCGAGUACAAGAGGUCGAGGUUAUCCAGGAACAGGAGAACUGUCAACCGUGCUUAUGGUGGUGUUCUUUCUGCAGGUGCUGUAAGAGAAAGAAUCAUCAGGGCCUUUUUGGUUGAAGAACAAAAGAUUGUGAAGAAGGUAUUGAAGAUCCAAAAGGCAAAGGAAAAGACCGCCUCCAAGGCUUAGAUUAUCAGUACUUCUGCAACCAUUAUGAGAUUAAUUUUGGUGUCAAGAUUUUGAAUCUGUAAGCGGUCUGUUUUAUGUUUGGCUACCUCUACUUUGUCAACAAACAUACUUUGUUAACUCUGUUAGGUUUUUGUUUUCUGCUCAAUGGUUUCCUGAACUCCAUUAUGGAUCUCUUUUAUGCUGUACUUGCUUGAAGUUCUUUAAAUUUAUAUGUUCAUGUUAAACUUGGAUUUUAA